AAAUCACGCCCUUUAAUGGCUCCCUGUAUAUAUGUAUAUAAAUAAUCAGUGUGUCACAAAAGAUAGGAGAUUUAAGAGGUGAGGGGGGUUUUCAUGUGGAUAAUCUGUCAUUUUACAACACCUCUUCAAUCCCUUCAGAUUGACCUGUGGCUCCUUCUUCUAAAUGCCUGCCGAGGAGCAUCGUUCAUCCCUACAGAACUGUAAUUCACAUUCCUAUUGAUACCACAAGGCUUCUAAAAUCUACAAAUACAUCUUAUGAAAUCUAAUUGAAAUCCAAUAGUUCUAAUUAUCACAUUUACACAAGCAGGUUCAAAGGUGGCACGACGUUCUGGAUGAAAUGAGGCAUCGGAUUAGAAGUUUACGGGUUAAAAAGCCAGGACGUGCUUGUGCAGCGUUUCUCUCCCCAGCCUAAGGCGAACAAGCACAUCGUGUUUCCAACUGGGUCAUUGUCGGGGGCCGUGGAGGGAGGCCUCGGCCGGGGAGAAUGCCCUCCUUUCAUGUGCAGGAUUGAUUGGAGUGUGGAUGUCAGGGAUCAGAUUUGAUGGCUUCACUUCACAGUUUAUCAAGCAUGGCGAGAUGUUACGAAGCUACACCGACUGAUCAAGGGAAGCAAGCCGAUCCGUGACAGCAGAGGCACCGGCCCGACCCAGUGGCAGUUUUCGCCAUUCCCUGCUACAUGGCCGCGUUGGCCCGCGGCGCAGCUCUGCCCGACAGGAGCGCGCUCGUCGAGGGUGAGCAGUUCCAGGACCUCGUGCAGAGGAGCCGCAGCUUGGCCCUGAAGAUCCUGCGCUCCAUUCCCGACGCGCACGCGUCCUGCGUCCACGCCGAGACGCUACAACUCAACUCUUCAGAAAACGCCAUGCUGGUGUUCAUGGCGUCCACCAUAGGCAUCCCCUCUGCUCCGGUGCUCAGGGCGGUGUCAGACAACUUCACGGUGGAGACCAGUUUGAUACGCAUGUCCGAGGGUUUCCAGCUGCACCGGGCCUUGCUGAGCGCCGUCUCUCCUCGGCUGCCAAACACAGACCAAGUCACUGGGCUGCAGGCUGACAUCAAAGACCUCGUCAUUCAGAUCAAUAAGAUGCUGAAAAUGGCCCAAGCGGCGGCGGCGGCGCUGCCCUCGUCAACGUCUGUGGCUCUGCGUCUACCGGGAGAAUACGACGUUCAGGUGGCGGCACACCUGACUCUGGUGCAGCUCCAGUCCUUCGGGCAGGACGCGGUCCGCUGCCUCCGGAGUCUGGACCGGAGCGGCGAGGACGAGUCGGACAGCUGACCAGCCACGCUGUGACGGAUUUGGGUUCAUGUCCAAAACAGACUUUAUUCUGGCUUUAUUUAUUUUUUUAUCAUAAUAUUUAUUUAUUUCUCUGUUAAAUGAUUGUUAUUUUUAAAAUAUAUUUAUAUAUUUAUUUAUGGAAUAUUUAUUUGGGUAAUAUAUUUAUGAUAAAACUCUGUAUCCUUCAGUUUUUUUGUUCCUUUCUUCAUCAGUAACUGAAACAUCAUCAUCGUCCUCCCGUCUGACAAUAAAAAUAUAUAGUUUAUCAUUUCAACAUUAAAAACCUAAACUUUUAAUUUCUUUCCAUCGCCAAUUUUCAUAAAAAGGAUUUUUAGAAAAACUUUUAACGACAGCUUAAUAUUUAUGAACUUUAUCAACGAUUAACUCAUUUCAGGGGAUUGGGUGUACGUUUAGGAAUUAAUUACACACUCUGUAAACUUUUUAACUGGAACUAAAUAUUUUUGUAUGAAUCUCUUCCUGUACCGUGUGUUUAUAUUUUCUGACGAUUCAAUAAAAAUAAAAAGUUAAAUGCUGAAAAAAGGAACCAUUUCUUGUUGUGAAGGACGAUACAUAAUGACACAUCGAGCACACGGGCAGUGGGUCACGCAGACACGUGCUCUCAAAAAAAUACAUCAAAAUUCCACUGGAGGAAAUAUUGUAACAGAAGUGCAACUAAAAGUGAAAUAAUAGCUUUCGUGUCAGACAGAUUUCCUGGAGGAAGUGUUGCAAGAGGCGAUGACGUAGCGUCAUGCGUUAGCCUCGCUAGCAUGUGAUCAUCAUCACAGAGGUGACAUCUCAUGU